AUGAAGGUCGUUGGACUCCUCAGCGGCGGAAAAGAUAGCUGUUAUAACUUGUGUCACUGUGUCAAGAAUGGACAUGACAUUGUCGCACUAGCGACUCUGGGUCCGGAGGCAGGAACAGAUGAACUUGAUUCGUAUCUCUAUCAAACCGUGGGGCAAGAUGGAAUCCACCUUGUGGCCGAAGCCCUCCGGCUCCCAUUACAUCGCCAAACAAUCAAAGGCACUGCGCUGGAACUCGGAUCUGAGUAUGGAUCCCGGUCCCACAAGGGAUUGAUGAAGGGCGUAGAGGGUGAUGAGACCGAAGACAUGUACAAUUUAUUGAAUCGGGUCAAGUCCAUCUACCCGGAGAUCACUGCUGUCUCCGUUGGUGCAAUACUGUCCAGCUAUCAACGCGUUCGAGUGGAGUAUGUAUGCCAACGUCUCGGUUUGACAGUGCUUGCCUUCCUAUGGCAGAGGGAUCAGGCAGAGCUAUUGCGUGAGAUGGUUGGAGCACCUGUCGAAUCGGUGCUGAUCAAGGUUGCCGGUGCUGGCCUGAUGCCUAGCCAUUUAGGCAAGAGUCUUGCCGAAAUGGAGCCCAUCUUGACCAGCUUGAAUAGCAAGUACGGGGUGCACGUGUGUGGGGAAGGAGGGGAGUACGAAACCUACACGCUUGAUUGUCCGCUGUUUUACAGCAGGAUCUCACUGGAGAAAACGUUCCUCGCUCAUCAUGAUGAAAGUUCAAAUAUCGCGCCGGUGGCAUAUUUGCGCUUACUAUCGGCCAAACUGUCUCCGAAAACAAACAGCGCACCCAAUUUGGAUGCGGUGACCGUACCUCCAUUAUUUGACUCGGAGUCACUCGAGAUAAUGCAUGAGGUUGGAUCACACCAAGUCCAGUCGCUUGAGUCCAUCCAUACAAGCCUCCGCGAGACUACAAGCAGACAAUCGAGUGUCUCCAUGUGCGGUGACUGGGUGGUCAUAGCUUCAAUAUUCGGUGCGAUUUCGUCACUGCCAUUCAAUCAAAUUGAACAGACCUUAGAAAAUGAAGUCAAGGAGGUUUUUAAUCAUCUCGAAGUACUUCUUGCCAAAUCGUCUCUCACCUUCGUGGACAUUGCUCACAUCAACCUUCACUUAAGUUCCAUGACGUAUUUCUCCGAGGUCAAUCGUGUUUAUACUACAAAAUUCGGGACAUCACCCCCCACAAGGGCUUGUGUUGCAAAUAUUCUUCCUGGGAACGCCCGGGUUAUGCUCGACGCUGUUGCACGGCGGCCAGCCAAUAAUCCUAACCACCAAGCCAGAGUGGCCUUGCAUGUACAGAGUCGGUCAUAUUGGGCUCCAGCAAACAUAGGUCCGUAUUCACAGGCAGUAAUGGUGGGAUCCAAGAUCUUUGUCUCGGGCCAAAUUGGUCUAAUACCGGCAACUUUAACUUUCCCUUCGCCAUCAUCAUUCUUGGAAGAAGCUACUCUGUCGCUUCAACACGCUCGACGUAUUCUGGCCACUUUCCAGGGCCCACAAUCGAUCGAGAGCAUUAUCUGUUACAUGGUAGACAUUUCCCAUCUUGAGCAGGCUAGGAUGGUCUGGCAACAUACCAACUCACUCUACGACAAAGACAUUCCAGUCUUGUUCCUCGAGGUAUCGGAGUUGCCUAAGGAUGCACUGGUUGAAUGGCAGCUUGUAGCAGGAAUACAUCAGAGCCAAGGUGAUCAAGAUGAGGAUGAACAUACAUCUAGCGGCCUCGAGUACAUUUCUGGUAGCCAACCCGCAUUUCAUGGAUGCCAUUCCAAACCCUCCCAGGCCCUUACGGUCAUUGGCACAGCUACAAAAGAUCCAGUCAUUCGUAUGCAGUUGCCUCGACACCAUCCAACAUACAUCCGUGGGUUCUACACCUCACGAAUCUCUGCCAGUGAAGCGGAAAGAAGGAUCAAAGCUACUUUUGAUUUCAGACAGGAGGAGGUUGGCGACUUUGCCAUGAGCUUAACUUGUGCGAACUCGAUCGGCCUAAAUACCGGUCCGGCUGAUUUGGAGAUCGGAUUUUACAUGAUGGGCUUUCUUUUAUAG